AUGUCGUUGCUCCGAGUUGGUAUUGUUGGUGCCGGGAUAGGUGGUCUGGCAGCCGCCAUCGCCAUCGCUCGCAGCGGGUGUAGCGUCACCAUCCUCGAGCAGAGUGUGGAUAUAGGAGAGAUUGGAGCCGGGAUCCAGCUCCAUCCCAAUGUCUCUCGUCAAAUGGUCCGCUGGGGUGUUGACAAGAUCAUUGAGAACGACCUCAUCGAGCCAGAAGAACUCAACACCUGGGACUGUGGGAGCGAACUACGCCUGAUCGGACGCACUGAUCCCAAACAGGUCGCUAAACAAGCAGGCUUUCGGUGGUGGGUUAUACGCCGCGACCACCUCUAUACGGGACUCGCCCAGUCGGCAUCCGAGCACGGUGUCAAGCUGAUCAUCAAUGCGAGAGUCGAACAGAUUGAUGAUGCCUCGUCCCCAGUAAAGGUUGUCACAUCCUCUGGCCAGACAUACGAGUUUGAUCUCUUGGUCGGCGCAGACGGGCUCAAGUCUACCGUCAGGCAAUAUCUGUAUCCAGGUGUUAUGCCGUAUGCACCGAACAAGCUGUGUGCGUAUCGAGGCGUUCUACCAUUCUCCUUGAUAUACAAAGAGAUUCCCGAGGCCAGCCUGUUUCUCGGCAACAAAUUGGACACCUGGGUCGGAGCGAAAGGCUAUGUUCUGACCUACCCUACGUGCGGAGGGAAAGAGCUGAACGUUGUGACGGCGGCCGAGUCAAAGGACUACGUGACCAAAAUGGAAGACAUCGACGUCGAAGAGUUCUACGGGUUCUAUGCCGACUUUCAUCCAUUCAUCCAGAAACUGCUACGCCUUGUCAAGUACACCAAGCGCUGGCCUUUGCUGCAAACACCCCGAAUGCCGUCGUGGUCCAAUAAGGCCAAGAACAUCGUCAUGAUAGGCGAUGCAGUCCACGCCAUGCAGAACCAUAUGGCCCAAGGCGCAGGGACAGCAAUUGAAGACGGAGCAUUCCUGGGCCAAGUCAUCAGCGAAGUGGUCCGGGGUGUGAUCAGUGUCUCCGAAGCUGUAGCUCUCUUCGAACAGAGGCGGAUGCCCAAAGCAUGGAUCAAACAACAACUCAGCUUCCACUCCGGACUGAUGUAUACCCUGACGCAGCCAGAAGACCGUGAAAAGCGUGCCCGGGCGGGCAGAUUCGAAGUUGCCCGUUGGGAGCACAACCCAGCUCGACAGGAGCUGAGCCACGUGGAGUAUCGAAACUGGCCGGUGGCCCGUUGCAUCGAGACGGUCAAAUCCAUCUGGUAUUAUGACCCUGAAGGAGAUGCAGAUAACGCAGUGCUGGAGUAUCUGAUGAGCAGGGGCAACGUGGACGAGUUCACUCAGACGAGCGAAAAUCUGAGCCGCAAAUGGAGGUCGGUAGUAUUUGGAAAUGGAGUCGAUGGCAGCUGGGUCGAGCCCCAAGUCGACUACCAACACAUGAAGAACUCUCUCUACCGGGGCAACGGGGUGAAGGACGGGAUCCAGGAGUACGGUUUGCGUGAGCAGGACUAUGAUCGGUUUGGGAAGGGCCUGUAG